AUGAAACUUAAUCCACAGCAAGCUCCAUUGUAUGGUGACUGCAUCAUCACCAUAUUGCUUACUGAAGAUGACCGCGUUGAAAGUGACGAUGUAAUUUUUUAUCUCGUUUUCACCGGAUCCGCCCUUCAACACUACACCAGCACUAGGAAGCUUGAUUCAGGGAGACUGGAAACCAUUGCUCCAGGCCAUGACUGUUGUGAGACGGUGAAGGUGUCUCUCUGUGCCACCAAGCAAGGCCACCCACUUCUGGUGGUGGCCGAGGAGAGCUUGCAGUUUGUCCAGGAUGAAGCGUACGACGCGGCACAGUUCCUGGCAUCCUGUGCUGGGAACCAGCAAGCCUUAAACUUUACACGUUUCCUGGACCGCUCCAGGCCACCUGCAGGGGACUUAGAUUUUCUGGAUGAGAAAGUGACUUUGGCGUUUCGUCACCUGAAACUGCCGACCGAGUGGAACGUGUUGGGAACAGACCCCAAUCUCAAUGAAGAUGUUCCCCGGGAGACGUUGUUGCAUUUUGCAGCCAGACUCGGUUUACUGCGGCUGACGUGGUUCCUGUUGAAGCAACCAGGUGGCAGAAGCGCCGUGAGUGUUCCCAACAGUGAGGGAGCCACACCGGUGAGCUUAGCCUUGGAGAGGGGCUACCAGAAACUGCAUCAGAUCCUGAACAAGUAA